UUCAAGGAAAAGUUGGUGUUUUUAUGAUCUGGGCUUUUGUCAAAUUGUUAAAAUUUUGAUGAUUUAUAGGCUUUGGAUCAAAUUGUUAAAGAGAAUAAAGAAGAAUGGGGGUGGAUUAUUAUAAUAUAUUGAAGGUAAACAAGAAUGCAACAGAUGAUGAUCUCAAAAAAUCAUACAGGAGAUUGGCAAUGAAAUGGCAUCCUGACAAGAACCAAAACAAUAAAAAAGAAGCUGAAGCCAAAUUCAAGCAGAUCUCUGAGGCCUAUGAGGCAAGUUUUUCCUUCCCAUCAUUUGCCUUCUCUGUCUUGAGUGACCCUCAAAAGAGAGCAAUUUAUGAUCAGUAUGGUGAAGAAGGGUUGAAAGACAUGCCAUCACCAGGCAGCAGCGGACCAGCAUUUGGAAAUGGCACUUGUGCGCCAAAUGGGUUCAAUCCUAGGAAUGCAGAGGAUAUCUUUGCAGAGUUCUUUGGAAGUAGUCCUUUUGGAUUUGGGUCAUCAGGACCUGGUAGGUCUUCAAGAUUCCACUCUGAUGGAGGGAUGGCUGGAGGAUUUGGUUCAACUGACAACAUUUUUCGAACUCACAAUGAGGCGACUGUGCCCAGGAAACCUCCCCCAGUUGAGAGCAAAUUGCCUUGCAGCCUUGAGGAGCUGUACACUGGAUCAACAAGGAAGAUGAAGAUCUCUAGAACUGUCGUCAAUGCAGAAGGGCGGCAAGUACAGCAAUCAGAAAUACUAACAAUUGAUGUGAAGCCAUGGUGGAAGAAAGGGACAAAGAUUACUUUCCCAGAUAAAGUAAAUGAGCUGCCAAAUCAGCUUCCAGCAGACCUUGUAUUUGUAAUUGAUGAGAAACCCCAUGAUUUUUACAAAAGAGACGGCAACGACCUUGUUGUCAACCAAAGGGUGUCAUUAGCAGAGGCACUUGGGGGCACAACGAUAAAUCUCGUUAGUCUUGAUGGCCGUAACUUGCCAUUGCCUGUUACUGAAAUUAUCAACCCUGGUUAUGAGCUUGUUGUUGCUAGGGAAGGAAUGCCAAUUGCAAAGGAGCCUGGUAAUAGGGGUGAUCUUAGGAUCAAAUUUGAUGUGAAGUUCCCUACAAGGUUGACACCAGAGCAACGAGCCGGACUCAAACGUGCUCUAGGGGGUUGAAGUAGGAAUAUUUGAUAUGCUCCAGCCAUUAUCUUCAGGCAGAACUGAAACAUCAAAGCUGUUUCUGAUAUAGUCAUUGACUGGCAACUUGGUUAUUCAAAUGGAGAGAGUUGCCUUGCAUGUAUAUCAUAGUUUUAAUGCCGGAUCAUCUUUGGUGCUUUGUGCUUGCUUCAAUCGAAUGCGUCUUCCAUUACUUUUAUACAAAAAAGCUUUGUAACCUAA